AUCUUAUUUCAUUUAUUUUCAGAAAGAUUCAUAAAUUCGUUAUACCUGUUCGUUGACAAUGGCAACAAGUGGAUUUACCUUUAGUACACCAAGUGCAAGUGGAGCUGCUGCACCAGCCGGGGGAUUUAGCUUUGGUGGCCCCAGUGCAGUUGGCACGACUGGCUCAACAGGAUUCGGUUUUGGCAGUACCACUGCACCUGGAACAUCAACGGGCACAGCAGGAUUUGGCUUUGGAGGAACUGGAACAGGUGGAACUACUACAACCUCAACAGGAUUUGGCUUUGGAGGAACUGGAACAGUACCUGCCACAAGCUCAACAGGAUUUAGCUUUGGAGGAACCGGAACAGGGGGACCUGUUACAAGCUCAACAGGAUUUACAUUUGGAGGUGGGACACCAGGAACAACUACAGCUGCUUCCCCUUUUGGUUCUACAUUUGGGACGGGGACUAGCAGUGCUGGUCAAGGAUUCAAUUUUGGCACAAGUACAAGUCAGGCAAAUAAACCAGCAUUUGGGUUCGGUUUUGGAAAUCCACCAGCAAGUGGUGGCUCUAAUUUUCUUCUUGGGUCAUCAUUUGGAGCAAAACCAAACACUGGAUUUGGAACUCAAGGAGCAGAUGCAAACCAGCAGCUUCAAUUUAACACUGGACAGCCUGACCAGUCUUUGGCUUUACAUUUAGCCAUUUGUGCUCCGUCAUAUUUUAAUAAUGAGAAUGAUGAAGUUUUAAGAAAAUGGAAUCAACUCCAAGCAUUUUGGGGAGCAGGAAAAGGAUAUUAUGCCCAGAAUAUGCCUCCUGCAGAAUUUACUCCAGAAAACCCCUAUUGUCGAUUCAAGACUGUUUGUUAUGCCAAGAUUCCAAACUUCAAAAAUGAGGAUGGGAUUGUCCAUGUUGUCAUUGGAAAAUCAAUUUCUGAUGUUGAACCCCACAAAAGUCAGAUUAUCUCGACCCUGUCAUCAUCUGUUUUCAACGGAGCAGAAGUUGUUGUUGAUGAUGUGUAUGCGAGUGAGUUACCUGAUAAAACAAAUUUUAGGAUGUAUGUACAGCAGCAUGGUGGAAGUGGGGAGAAGCAAAGAGCACCUGCUACAGAAGUUUGUCGCCACAUGGGACUGCCAUCUUAUUCUCAAACCAUGAAGAAUUUGUGUAUCCAAGAUGUUUUACCUCUGCAAGCAAUGUCUGAAGUACAGAAGAAAGAAUACCUGGAUACACCACAAAGAGGUGUGUAG